CCCACUCAGCUGUUUCCGCAACGUUCCAUUCGUAAAAAUUGUUCCUCUUGCGAGGUACACUAAUUGAUCUACUUCUAUUCAACAAACCGAAACGUUUCUAGACGGUAAAGGUUUUCCUCGGGCUAAACCUCCGUAGGCGUCAGCCAUGUCUCUAUCAGACCAGAGCCGACAGUGGUAUCCGACCAGUGUACAGGUAACUGUGGUUCAGGCAAGAAGCCUGAGGAUAAAGGGGAGAAAUGGCACCAACGACGCAUACGCCAUCAUGCAAGUGGCCAAGGAUAAAUUCGCUACAUCGGUGGCAGAGAAGAGCGUGGCACCGGUGUGGAAGGAAGAGGCCACGUUCGAGCUGCCGCUUUUCCACAACCGUAACACAGAAAAGUGUACGUUGCACGUCCACGUAAUGCACCGGGCUCUCGUGGGACCUGACACGUUGCUCGGCCAAGCAGUCAUCAACCUGUUGGAGCUCAGCGAGGUUAAAUCCCGUAAUAAGACUGAAUGGCAUAAACUGCUGGACAAGGCAGGCAAGCCAGACAAAGACCGGGGAGAGGUGCAGGUGGACAUCCAGUUUAUGAAGAAUAACAUGACAGCCAGCAUGUUCGACCUCUCUGCUACAGACAAGCCACACUCCCGCCUGGGAAAGUUCAAGGACAAGGUGCGAGGCAAAAAGGAGGGUCUGUCGGACACUGCGUCUGCCGUGGUACCGUCCUUCACCCAGGUUCUGACGGACAGCGAGGGGGAGGGAGAGGGGGUAGGGAAGGGGGGUGCAGACAAAGGAGAGAAAAAGAAGAAAAACAAGCUGAAGUCUCUGUUUUCUCCCAAGUCUAACCUGCAGCGUCACGGACUGUCUCAGUCCAUGUCUGUCCUUGGCCCUCUGCCUGAGAAGAACUCCUCACUGAGCGGCAGCCGCUCCACAGGCCUCAAUGUGGACUCCUCUGAAGGAAAAAAUAAAUUCAAGUUUCUGACCCAUAAGCGCACAGGCAGUUCCCUGUCCCUAGGGCGCUCUAAGAUUCCUGCCCCGCUUGCAGAGCGGAGUAACCUGUGCAUCAACGGCACUCACAUGUACACAGAGGAGCCCCAGCCCCGGAGCGCCCGCACUGGCUCCAACUUUAGCCUGGCCAGCUCAGGCCAUGGCUCCAUGGAAGACCUGCGCAAGGCCCAGGGUCGUAAGAGCUCCGGCACCUCCAUGGACUCCUUCAGGGCCCUGAAGCAGCCUUCGACCUGGGCAGAGGAGGAAGAGAGGGUUAUGUUGGAUGAGGAGAGGAAGAGAAAGGAAGAGCAGGAGAGUAAGAAGUUAGACGAGGAAGAGAGGAUAAGGAAGGAGGAACAAGAGAAAAGGAGGAUUACGGAGAAGGAGGGGGAAGAAAUAAGGCUAGAAGCGGAACAGGAGGAGAGGAGACUGACGGUGGAGGGAGAGGACAGGGUUUGGAAGGAAGACCAGGAAAAGUGGAGGUUAGAGGAGAAAAGGAGAGAAAUGGAGGAACAAGAGCGGUGGGAAGAAGAGGAAAGAAUUAGGAGAGAAGAACAUGAAAGAAUGAGGGAGGAUAUACUGAGAAAGGAGGACGAGAGGAAAAUGAGGGAGGUGGAGGAAAGAUUGAAGAGGGAGAAAGAUGAGAGGAUUAAGGAGGAAGAAAGGACUAGGAGAGAACAGGAGGAGGAUAUGCAAAGAAGAGAGGAAGAGGAGAGGAAGAUGAGGGAGGAGGAAGAAAGACUAAGGAGGGAACAGGAGGAUAUACUGAGAAGAAUAAGGGAGGAGGAAGAAGAGGAAAGGAGGGCUGAAGAAAGAAUGAAGAGAGAGGCUGAAGAAAGAAUGAAGAGAGAGGAUGAUAGGCUGAGGAAGGAGGAGGAAGAAAAGAGGAGGAUUGAGGCUGAAGAAGGAAGAAUGAAGAGAGAGGAGGACAGAGUGAAGGAGGAGGAGGAAGAAAGGAGGAGGUUUGCGGAGGAAGAAGGAAGAAUGAAGAGAGAGGAUGAUAGGCUGAGGAAGGAGGAGGAAGAAGAAAAGAGGAGGCUUGAGGCAGAAGAAAGAAUGAAGAGAGAGGAGGACCGAAAGAAGAAAGAAUGA